AUGUCAGCAAUUGCAUUUAUUUUGCGCUUAGAUUUAUGCAUUUUAAUUUAUUGGCAUUAAAUAAAAUGAUUGUCCGAUAGCAAGUUUACUGUGCGAAUUCUCCUGUGUUUUAAUGAAUUAAUUUGCAUUUGUAGCCUAGUAAUUAAUAAUGCAAAAAGAACUAAAUUAGUCGUCCGUGUUGUUUCAGUGUGUAAACAAGUGUUUCACGUUUUUAUUUUAAUAAUCAUUUUCCAUGUUUUGGGAUCAUGUUUACCGUAGUAGACAUAUCAUGCAGGAGUUUGAAGACAUAGAGGUACACAAAACGAGUGUAUCAGUGUUUGUGGCCCUAUUUUAUUUAGAAAUGCUUUAUAUUUUAAUCAUGACGCUGUCUAUUUUAAAUAGAUUGAAUCAAAACUUACCGUCGUAGACGUAUAUUUGCAGUAGCUUUUAAUCCACAAUAAACCAAAAUGAUCCGAAGUCAGAAUGUGGCAGACAGGCUAUACCUCUCGCAGGGUGAUGAAACCAUUUUCAUAGACAACUGUAAGAUACCACAGCAUCAUAUUGAAGGCAUACGCUUCCUUUUCAAACAGUUUAAACGGAGAAAAAGUGGCGUGAUCAUCAAUGACCCGUUCAGCUUCGGCAGGAACAUACAGAUCAUUUUGUUCCUGAAGGCGGUUCGCUCAAUGCUGGAUAAGCCAGUGCUCAUACUGUGUCAGGAGGGCGAUGAACAAGACUGGAUGGAUAGGUUCUACACGUGGUCUGAUAUUUAUGAUGAAGUGGUCCUAGAAACAAAAAACCCUAUGAUCAAGAACCAUGUGAUAAUCAACACAAUGAUGAACUUACACCUGUUCUGUGGCCGCGAGUGGAGCAUAGUCAUAGUGGACGGAGACAGAGUCAACUCCCUCAACCCAGUGCUGAAGCUGCCGUUCAGAGCUGACUAUAAGAUCUGGAAUACUGCUAUUUGUAUGAAAGAUAACUUGGAUAAGUUUACAGACAUAUUCAAAUGGAUAUUCCCCCACGAGACAUUUAAUAAGAAAUAUUUCAUCGCCGACCCCGACAAUCCAGUUGAUGUCAUUGAGAAGUCUAUACUUUUGGACUCGUUCCUAGAGGAUAUCGUUAUAAGGAGAGAUGACUUAAAUUCUUCGUUUGAGAAAUACCAAAGAGAUAAAGGACUGGUAGUGGCUCCUCCAAAGCCUGAGGUUACAAUAUUCCCCGUGAACCCCAUCAGCAAAGCCACAAACACCGCGACUACCAGUAGCGCCCCCUUCCCAACAGUCUCCAGGAAAAACAAGGAUGCCACCGGAACCAAAAUCAAGCGAUCAAAGAAAACCACCAACCCAGAUACCAGUCUUAUUCCUGAAGCUCAGCAGCCCAGCCCAGCUCAGCAGCUCAGCUCACCUCAGCAGCUCAGUUCGCCUCAGCAGCUCAGCUCACCUCAGCUCAACUGUCCACCCCCUGUAGUUACACAUCCAGAGAAUGACACAACAAAAGUUAACGAAAUGUUCGACAGCAACGAAGACUUCAGUAUCGAAAACUACAAAAGAAAAUACAGCAAAGAUAAUAAAGACCCACCACCUAUUGAAGUAAUAGAGAUAGACAACAUGAGCAGUCAGAGUGAAAUGAAAUUGUACUUCGAACCUGAUUCACAACCAAAGUGCACGCAGAAGCUAGAGGAAAUGGAUACCCUUGUGUUUGGUCACGACACCUUCAUUAGUAAAGUAACAGAUAUAUGCAAGAGUAUGACCUCAGAUAAGAAAGACACAGAACCUCAUACAAUUCUGACAUGCAAACCCAUCGGCGAACCGUCUUCCUGCAAACAAACAGACAAAUGUACAAGUACUUCCAGAAAUCCUUAUGAAGGUAAAACAGAAAGUACAGAGAGAGAGAAAAAGAAUGAUAAACAAGUUAUAACACACUUUAAACCAAAAUCACCUACGCUCGCUAGUAUUGAUAACACUAAUAAAAUGAAUCUCGAUGAACUGAAAAGAGAAGCUGAACUGAAUGCCAUGAGACAGAAAAUGACAAAUGUAACUAUUACCAGUGUAAAUAAGAAUCAAGUAAAAAUCAAACCGAAUGAAGUAAAUAAAGUUUGUGGAACCGCUACAAAAGUGUCAGGACAAGUCGCAAAUAGUCUUAAACGUAAUAACAUUGAAGAUAAAAUGAAAGAAUGUGAAGAGAAAGUGUCGAAGAAAUUCAAAGGCUCCCUCUUAGAUAGUCUGUUUUAAAUGUGUGUGAGACUACGAUAAGUUUGUGUUAGGCCGUAACAAUAAAUGUUUUUAAGAAUCCGUAUUUAUCAAUCA